GAGUACGAGUUCGAAUCGGAAACCGAAACCGAAACAGAAACAGAAACUGAAACCAAUUCCGAGCCCAGUCCGCAACUGAGGCACAACAAGUGACGCUAUUCAAAUUGAAAUUUGAAUACCAUUUUAGUGUUGUGUAGUUAGAUGUCGCGGGGUUUUUAAAAGUUUUUUAACCCACCAAUUUUAGGUGGGGGUUAAUUGUUAUCCAGUGAUAAAUAUAAACCACAAUCAAUUCAAUGAGCGUACUAUAAUAUCACCAAUUUGUAUGCCGCGUGCGUGAUCUGAUUGAUAUUCAAUAUCCAUAUUCAGAUCUUGUUAGAGCAGAAAUUUCCGGCAAUUUUGUGCCAUAAAAUGUUUGCCACCAAUAUCCGGCAGGUUGUAGUCAACGUUAUGUCCCAGCUGGAAGGUAUUGACGAUUAGAAACGCGACGAAAGUGGCUGCUUCGACGUUUUUCGAGCAGUUCCCAUUACCGUGCUAGGCUUUCCGCUGCAUUUCGCCAUUUCAAUUGGCACGAGAAACUUUUAGCCUCUAUACAUGGGGCGAGGACGGCUGCUAAGAGUGCAACAACGACACUAAUAUCUUGCUGGAAGUUUCAACAGAGCAAUAUAUUGAAAUAUACAUAGGAAGAAAAACAAGACAGGCAGACAUUCUGCGAAUAUGGAAGAAGAUGUGUAUGCAACGUUCAACUAUAACGACAGCGGAGGAGGCAGUGGCACUGAAGAUGGCGGCACCGUUGGUAGCGGAGAGGAUGAGGAUGGUGGUUGGAGGAGCCUCGACUUUAGCGUGGAAGAGCUGCAGAACUUUUUGCUUUGGCAGCUGCCCAAUCCAGACAAUUACAGCCAGCACCAGCUGGCUAAUUGGAAUCUCAGCAAUGUGUCCUCAACGCCAAUAAUGACACCAACAACUCUGCCGGCGGAGCCACCGUUUGAUGCCAACAAUUAUUGGGCACUGCUGGCACUUGUUUUGGUCUUUGGUACAGCCGCUGGUAAUAUUUUAGUGUGUCUGGCCAUCGCAUGGGAGCGUCGCCUGCAGAACGUGACGAACUAUUUCCUAAUGUCGCUUGCCAUUACGGAUUUAAUGGUGGCUGUGCUUGUCAUGCCUCUGGGCAUCCUCACGCUGGUGAAAGGACACUUUCCACUUAGCUCGGAACACUGUCUGACCUGGAUAUGCCUGGACGUGCUAUUCUGCACGGCGAGCAUAAUGCAUCUGUGUACAAUAUCCGUGGAUCGCUAUUUAUCGCUUCGCUACCCAAUGCGUUUUGGGCGGAAUAAGACCAGACGGAGAGUGACACUCAAGAUUGUCUUUGUCUGGCUACUAAGCAUUGCGAUGAGUCUGCCACUGAGUUUGAUGUACUCCAAGGACCAUGCCUCAGUGCUGGUAAAGGGAACUUGCCAGAUUCCCGAUCCGGUCUACAAGUUGGUUGGCUCGAUUGUCUGUUUUUAUAUCCCACUCGGUGUAAUGCUGCUCACAUAUUGCCUUACUGUGCGACUUUUAGCCAGACAGCGUCAGAAUUUGGGAGGCGGACAGCCAACGUCAGCAGCCACGCCUGGAUGGGCCAGCGGUUGGCUAGGACAAGCGCCCGCCUUGGAACGUCGCUGCACAUGGCGUCGUCUGCUAAAGCCGGGACAGAGCCACGCCUCAUCGGUGCUGCACGCCCACUCAGCCAACUCAACGGACACAGAUCUCAGUACUCUAGACAAUCAUGAACUCUGGCUACCAGAUACCAGCAUACCCGAGCCAACGCCCACAACGAUGACGGCACUGCAUCAAUUUGGGGCGGAAAUGUUGAAGUUGUCGCGUGGCCUGGAAUCUGUCGCAUCGUCAUCCACGACGGGCUCUCCCACCAAAUCCGAAUUUUCCAUAUCAAAUCAUCUGCCCUUCCCGAGCAGCCCUCAACGUUAUGCGACACAUCAACAGACAUUGCAGCAACAGCAUCAGCACCACCUUCAGCUCCAGCAUCAACAACAACACAACUCACAUGGAGCCAUUUAUCUGCAGCAAACAUCGCCGAAGAGCAGACAGGGAGCCAGCAAUCAUCUGGGUCUAUCCAUCACUACGUUAGGCAUGGAACGCGAGAGCACGCGAAACUCCUUGGCCAGCAGUCGAUUGGGUGAGCAGAGCGAUGGAACACUCUCGCAACUCUCUCAACGAUUACGUGCGUACAAAAACCGAAGACGCGCCUCCUCGGCAGUCUCGGGUCGUGAACGUCGUGCUGGCAGUGAAGAAACUGAAGACGAAGAUCAGGACACAUUACGAAGAAGGAAGCGCCACAAUAGCUUGCCAAAGAAUGCCCUCUAUACGCAUCACAAGACGCUGCACGAGAGUCUAGACAAUGAUGAUCACGAUCACAGUCACAGUCAUAGUCACGAUCACGAUGAGAAUGACAUGGACGAUGAUGAAGACGAUAGUGGCGAUGUGGACAGAGCAAGACAGACUGAGAAAACACCUAAGGGUUGCCACUCGGAUACUGAACUUGAGCCGGCCAAGCAGUGCCGAGUAACAAACAAUGUGAAUCAUCAGAGCGAUUACCUGCAGCUUCCCUCAGUCUGCACAUGUCCCUACUUCGGCGAUCGACCACUGCAAAGCUGCGUGAAAACGGCUGAAGUGAAGAUCAUUUCUUCAGCAUUCAAAGUGACCACAACAUCAACAACUGCAGUGAGUAGUUCCCCUAGUGAAAUGGAGCUCUUGCUCUGCACCAGCAGCAACAAUAAAGCCGGGUUAACAAGUAGCGUCAGUGUGGGCAUUGGGGGAGUAGGCGGCGUCGGCGGAAUGACAACUACAAAUGCACCUGCAGCAGCGGCAUCGUCUAUCGGCGCGACAUCCAACACUCUGUCGCCUCACUCGGCGCAUCAGCAUCAGAGCGAGGGAGGCAGUUAUCUAGCUGCUCCUGGGACACCAUGUCCAGGACGACGCAAACUGAGCAUAUCGAAGACGGCAUCGGUGGUCACAUGGGAUGCCAACCGGCAUCGGCGGAGGGGAAGCAGCUUUGGAGGUGCACGCACGUCAUUACUUCUCACCCCAACAAAAACGACGUGCAACACAGCGACAACAACCCCUCUGCGACGGUCAGCGACCUUGCGAAGCCAUCAGAACAUGAACUACCAGGGUAGUGGCGAUGGAGUGAAGUCCAACAACAGGACACCGCAAUCUUCUCCGUGUCUGCUGCAAAGGCAACAGACAGUGCGAUCCCAUCACUCCCGAAAUUCCAGCGUCAUUUCGAGGAACUCUUCACGGCACGGUCGCAUCAUUCGACUGGAACAGAAGGCAACCAAAGUUCUCGGCGUUGUCUUCUUUACCUUUGUAAUACUCUGGUCACCAUUUUUCGUACUCAAUCUGCUGCCCACAGUGUGUGAAGAGUGUGAGGAACGCAUUAGCCACUGGGUAUUCGAUGUAGUCACCUGGCUGGGAUAUGCCAGUUCCAUGGUGAAUCCCAUAUUCUACACCAUCUUCAAUAAGGUAUUCAGGCAAGCUUUCAAGAAGGUAUUGCUCUGCCGCUACUCAAGCACAAGCGCCUGGCGACCGAGUAGAUAGCAGACACCCGUGAGGCUUGGGAAGCUUUCCAGUAAGGCAAAUAGCAAUUCUCUCAAGCCAACACCGCCCAUCAAAUGUGCUAGCGUUGAGUUUGAGAUUGGCUCCACACAACGCUCUACGGUCGGUGUCCUUAAGCGGCCCAGUGAAGGAUCAACAGCCAACUUAUAAGCUCAAUUCAGUUCAUCAUGUUCAAGUCCAUUUGAAUCGCCUCUGACAUUCUGGUUAACCACAGAACGUGUCCCUCCAUAUGCAAACUCUGAAUGUGUGUUUUGGGUGUGUGUUUGUGGUCUUGAGUUCCCGUAAUUAAUUUCAAAAUUCAAUUUGCAUGCCUUGCCAACGAACAGGAUACCCAAACCAAUGUGCAUUCCCUAUCCCUUUUCGAACCAGCGCCCAGUUGUUCCGGACAAGAAGCUUAGUUGCCUCAGACCACACUGACAACGGCAACAUAUCGUCUCGCUCUUUUCUCUAAUUGUGGCUCUCUCGAAGCUUGUGAGUGUUUAGCAAUGCAAUCCCAUUAAGGAUUAUUAAACUGAGCAUGAUUUCUCCCUAAAUUAAUUAUGGCCUCCAGCACCACAAAACAUAUGGAAUAAACUUCCCGAUUGUGUAGUUGACUAUUUGAUUGCAAAUCAAUCAAAUCAAAUCGAACUUUACCGCAAGCAGUUUCCAUACAGUUAAUCAAUAGUAUUGCAAUUAUUUAUUUUUAAUUAAAUGGAAGAAAUGGAAUAUAACGAAAUCAAAAGUUCAGAUAUUUAUUAUGAGAACGUUUUUCUUCGGUAUCUUAUCUUUCUCAAAGGAAACAAUCCAAGUGCUUAUCUUUAACAGAAUGUUAUUGUUGUUAUACUUUAUUGAAUCGUAAUCUAUCGACUAUUAUGUUGCAUUAUUUGUGUUGUAUACUUUUGCAAUUAUGUGUUUAAUUUAUAAUAAUUUUCAAACCGCAAAUGCGAGAAUCAUGAAAUACUCAUUGAAGCGAUCAUCACGUACGCAAUGUCUAUAGAAAUUGUUGUUCUUAUGGUUAAUAGCGAAGAGAUUGGCAUUUUCUUAUUUUUAUUCGAAAAGUUGAUUCAUUUGCUCCUGCUUCCGUGAGCGAAAUGAAAAUUUUCAGCCGGUCACGUAAGAAGCCAAUGCUCGUCUUGAGGGUGCUUACCACCACCAAGUCCCAGUUCCGAUUGCAGACACAUGCACAAAUCUAGUCAAACAGUUGGUCGAGGAACACUUCAAAUAAGAACAACAAUCAAGGGAAAAACCAUAAUAAUAGCAACAAGAAUAAGUAGCGCUAUAAUGAAAGCUAUAUGCCUCAAAAGUUUCACUGCUCGCCAAGUUUAAAGCGCAGUUUUGGCUACAAAGUGUAUGAAAAGCCUCAUGGACAGUCUUAUUGAGAGGGAAACAGCAAGGGAAGAAAAAUGGCAAAGAGAAAGAGAGAGAGAGAGAUAUAGAGAGUGAGAGUGACAGUAAGAACACGAGAGGAGGGGUCAGGUAAUGGUGCCAUUAGCAGCGCCUUCUCAAAAAGAUGCUGCCACACACGUCAGGUUUAAAACCAUUUUCCGCUCUCUUGUUUCUUCUUCAGUUCUUUAUCAUUUUGGUGACAAAUUUUUCAGUCCAGACGACCACGGCAACGACGACAGACAACGCCAGACGCAGAUGAAGUAAAAGCACCCGCGGUGCUUGAAAAUUUAUAGCUAUUUUAUCGCCAACGGAAAUAUUUUUCCACUUCAUUGCUGCCGAUGUCAGUGGGUAGUUUUUUAGGGUCAAUAGGCUGGUCGAAAAUGUCACACUCAAGUGAAAACUUCAUUGAACUUUAAUGGUCUUGGCGCCCAUCUCGCUUCUAGCCCUCAGGGUGAACAACACAAACAUCUUGAAAGCUCCGAUAGUCAACUGGCAGCAACUUCCGCUUCCGCUUUGCCGUUCUGAGCAUAUGGUGUUUUUAUAAAAGCCAAUUGCAGUGUAUGGAGAAAGUCAACUAACUAGAAGAUUCUGUUUAUAUUAUAUUAUUGUACUAUACAGUUUAUAGUAUAAAGAUUAUUAAUAAGUAAAUAAAAACUGUCAAAUUUAUAAGAAUUUCGGAAACCGAGAAUUGUGCUAUAUAUAAUAUUUGACUGGAAAUCAAUGACGAAUGAUGAGACCAAAGUAAUUUUCUGAGACCACUGAAAAAAAUGAACGUGUUGCCUAUUUCGAACUGAUUGAAAGUGUACGAGUAUUUGGAAUGAUACCAUUUAUGUGCUUGGGAAUGCAAAAAGAAAAAUUUGGGCAACAACUACACUGGAAAGUUGGCAAGAUGCUAAACUAAAUCAAAUAUUCACUCAAAAGUAAAUGUAAGUUAGGCAAUAUACGAAUUUAAACUUGAUAAAUGUCUCCAGCAAUGAAUGAAUUGAUAUAGAAUAAUAAUUGAAUAUUAUCUGUGCUUUAAUUGUGCUGAUUUAUGUUGCCUCCAAGGGGCAACUGGGAAUUGUAAAUACUAAUUAAUCACAAAUAUGAAUACAACUUUAGAGUAGUCGAUUAAUAUUUAAGACAACCAAAAGGGGAAGCAUUUUCACAAAACGCUUUACAAUUAGCUAUGCUAAGCUGAAUGCAUUUCAGUCAACUAAAUUUAAUAGACAACUGUAUUAUAUAGAAAACUAAUGUACCAACUAGAUAUUUGAAUAGAUGUGCUUUAGGCCCUAGAUAAUUGCCAGUCUCAAUAUGUACAUAAAUGGACUAUACAAGUAGAAAAUACACAUAACAAAUCUCAUUGGGGUAUUCUAACUACAAAUCAAAUAUGCAAAGCUAAAUUCAAUUACCAUUACCAUCACUAAUUUAUUUGAAUUUAUUAUUUAUUGAGCACCCACUUGCAAUUAAAUACAAUAUAUGAAAUAUAAUUACAUUUUAAAGGAAUGCAUUUUCAGUGGAUCAAAACUUCAGGUUUCCUUCAAGCGUCAAGUUUUGAUGAGAAUUUUCGAAUUUAUAUUUAAACAAACACACGUUACAUCUUGGAAAAAAUAUGUGUUAGAGUACUGACAUAGAACCAAUUGCAGUUGACUAUCCCAAAAGAAUAGUAAAUGCUUUGAAAGUGAAAUACAAAGCCAAACUAAUAACCCAUUUAUGGACAUAUCUCUGUGUGUUGAUGUUAUAUAACAAGGGCGAUGUAUAAAUUAUAAAUAUAUAUAUAUACAAUUAUAUAUGUAAUAAUGUAAGUAGAUAUUCCUUCAACCAAGUCAAAGACAAAUGAUUAUAUGUAUAACAUAUUAGUGUUAACGAUUAUUAUUAACUUAACUGUAAACAAAUGUACUUGAAAAGCCUUUUAUGAUUUCUGAUAAAUGUGC